CUGAGCUGAUAGCGCUCCUGCAAACAUGGUGAACGUUCCUAAGACCCGCCGGACAUUCUGCAAGAAAUGUGGGAAGCACCCAUGCCACAAGGUGACACAGUACAACAAGGGCAAGGAUUCUUUGUGUGCCCAGGGAAAGUGGCGUUAUGACAGGAAACAGAGUGGCUAUGAUGAGCAGACUAAGCUGAUUCCCCCCCACCCCCCAAAGGCUACAACUACAAAGAAGACUGUGCUGAGACUGGAGUGUGCUGAGCCCAAUGGCAGAUCUAAGAGGAUGCUGGCUAUUAAGAGAUGCAAGCAGUUUGAAUUGGGAAGCGACAAGAGAAAGGACCAAGUGAUCCAGUUCUAA